AUGAAAGAGAAGAUUGGGGACGGCAGCGAGAGUGGGACAGACCCCAUCCCAAUCUCUUACCUCUUUAGCAUGACAACGACCAUCAAAUUGGGCGAUGACGGCAACUGCGACGAUGACAAUGGAGCACCGAGCAAUCGCGGUGAGGAUAUAAUACAGAAGCAAAACUUACCCGAUGAACUUAUCACCGAAAUACUCUCGAGACUUCCCGUCAAGCCUCUGUUACGCUUCAACUGUGUUUGCAAACCUUGGCGCGCUUUAAUUAGUGAUCCUGGUUUCAUUAAGAAGCAUGCCAUUAGAUCCAUCGAAAAUGAGCAGAACAUCAACCUCAUCCUUAGAGGAUGCUACCUCUAUUCCGUCGAAUUUGAUGCAUGUGAUAAAGCUGUAGAGCUUGACCAUCCACUCAAGUCUCCCAAUUAUCAUCAGAAGUUACCUUACACGCCCAUAGAAUCUCGAGAAAAAGGUUAUAUCGUAUAUGGUUUUGGUUACGAUCCCAUCGCCGACGAUUACAAGGUUGUGAGGAUUGUCGAGUUUUAUGGAGACGAUGAUGACUCUUUUGACUCUGAAGUCAAGGUCUAUACCCAGAGUUCCAACUCCUGGAGAAGGGUGGGGGACGUCCCUUUCAGCCUGAGAUACAAGAUAUCUGGGAUGCUUGCCAAUUCUGCGCUUCAUUGGAUCUGGACAGUAUUAGAUUCUGAUUCAAAGGCCUCCAACUUAGUCUUUUCUUUUGAUCUUCGAGACGAAGAAUACCGAGUGGUGCCACUCCCUAGUUUUCCCGACGAUAGCUUUCGUAUGAAUGUGCGAGUUUUGAGAGGACGUCUCUGUAUACUCUGUAAUUACUAUAAGUUCCGUGUUGAUAUAUGGGUUAUGAACGAGUAUGGUGUGAAGGAAUCUUGGAGUAGACAGUUCUCGAUUGCACAACCCUCAGUAAUUAGGUCUUUUGAAUACUUGAGGCCUCUGUGCUUUUCGAAAAAUGGGGAGCUUCUUCUUGAGCAGGACAACAACAGACUAGUUUUGUAUGACUCUAAAAGUGAACGGGCUCGGGUUCUUCGGAUUCACGGUAUUCCUGAUUGGUUUGAAACCGAGAUUUUCGUCGGAAGCCUUAUUCCUCUAAGUGGUCGAGAUGGAGCUUUGAAGCAGAAAAAAGCUAAACGAAAGGGAAAGAAAAAGAAGAGGGUUGAUGCCAGACUAGGGGGCUUUUCUGAGAGCACAAGCACAGGAAAAAAGGAGUAG